CGUCUCUUCGGAGACAUCCGAUAAAACCCGACCCUUUCCGACGACAGCAUUCGCGCUCAAGAAAUAUUCAAUCCUCCUCGCAUCCGCAACCGAAAAGAAGAGAGAAACGUCCCCAGCUCAAGCGAUGGAGAACGCCCCCGCGAAGCCGUCGCUGUCCAAGAAGCCCUCGCCGUCGUUCCGCCUCCGCAACGGCAGCCUCAACGCGCUGCGCCUGCGCCGCGUGUUCGACCUCUUCGACCGCAACGGCGACGGCGAGAUCACCCUCGACGAGAUGGUCUCCGCGCUCGACGCGCUCGGCCUCGGCGCCGACCGCUCAGGCCUGGAGGCCGCCGUCGGCGGCUACAUCCCGGCCGGAGCCGCCGGGCUGCGCUUCGAAGACUUCGAGUCUCUCCACCGCGCGCUCGGCGACGCGCUGUUCGGCCCCAUCCCCGAGGCGGAGACCGAGGAGGAGGACGACGAGGGGGACAUGAAGGAGGCAUUCCGCGUGUUCGACGAGGACGGCGACGGCUUCAUCUCGGCAGCCGAGCUGCAGGCCGUGCUCAAGAAGCUCGGCCUGCCCGAGGCGCGGAACCUGGCGACGGUGCAGGAGAUGAUCUGCAACGUCGACCGCGACCGUGACGGCCGCGUCGACUUCGGCGAGUUCAAGUGCAUGAUGCAGGGGAUCACCGUCUGGGGCGCUUGACGCCGGCGCGCCGGCGUGUGGCCUUCCUCCCUCUACUGCUUCUUGUCAUGUUAUGGGGCAUCUAAAGAUCGAUUGGAGGAGGAGCAAUCACUAGCUCAGUAACUUGUGCCAGAUUUUAAGUUUAGGUUUGUGCUAGUUUCGGUCGCUUGGGAAUCAGCCAUGUUGUGUGUUGUCAGAAUGCAGGUGAUGACUUGUAAUUUCAGUGUGUCGCUCUAACUGUGGUUGUGGUGACUUUAUCCUUCACUGAUGUAGGUAUUGUGAUCCUGCCGUGUCUCACUUAUUCUGAUAAGCUUUCUGAACAUGAGACAUCUAUCUCAUCUUUGUUAAUUAAAAUUGUUAUAAGCA